AUCGCAAUACUUUGACAAGCAGUUGGAUAUUUAUUGAACAGCAGUUCAAAUUGUUUACUUUUUGUUUGGUAAAUAUCUUUUAGACAGGUUCCAUUAAAAGCAAACAUGUCUAAUUUUGAUUUACCUUUGCUAAGAAACCGUGAAACAGCUAAAUGUGUAAGAAAUUCAUUAAAAUCAGCUCAACAGUUAUCCCAAUCUUCAUUUCAACAAUUAAUCAAAGCUGUUAUUGACUACCUUUGCGCUGGGUCUCCUCUGGAUGAAAACCUUCCUGUCCUUUCAGAAUUAAAUCUCCAAAAUACUGAAUCCAAGUUAUUAGUCCAGAAUCUGGUAAUUUUGGUCAGAAAUUGUAUGCGAUAUCGCUCAACGAAUCGACAAAUAAGUUUAACUGACAUUUUGACUGAAGAGUUGAGGAUUCCAUCAAAAUUGAGCCAAAUAAUUCAAAACGAGAUUGAUUCUGCUAAAAUGACUGCUACUAUUCCUUAUGGACCCAAGUUACCAACUUGUACAUCUAUUAAAUGGCGAAUCGAUGUUGUAAUUUCCAGUAGUUCUUUGUCAAAGGUUUUGGAGCCAUUGAUUAUAUUUGAAAUUCAUACCGACUCUGGCGAAAAAUUAAGAUUUGAUUGUAGUUUGACCAAAUUUAACCAGCUCCGACUAGCUGUGGCUUCAUCUUUGUCAGAAUUACAUAGACUAGAAGAGAAGAAAAAAUUGUACCCUUCAUUGAGAGCAAACUCAAUCAGAUAGACGUUUUUAAAACGUCGUUUCAUCAUCCAUCUAUCAUCGGAUCACAAUUUGAUGCAGGAUAAAUAAUAUAAUACUCGGACUGAUAUUACUCAGUUAUUGAGAAGUCUUUGUUAUGACACUGGAUAAUGGUCAUCGUUGGCCAUUGAUAGAGUUGAACGUCUAAUAUUAAUAAUAUAUUGGAUAUUUUGUUUACCUUUUGACCCACAGAAGAUGAAAAUUAAUAAAAAUUUAGCACAUUUUUGGAAA